AUGGCCGCUUUCGAAACUGACAGCCCUCCGCCCGUCGCGCAACUGGUCGGCUCAAAAGAGAAGGACUUCACGGAAUGGUUCAAAGAAUAUACCACGGCGGAUGGCAAUGAUCUCACCGAAGACUCCGAUAUCAUCCAGGCUGUCAAUUCCGACGACCUGGAUGCGGACUUUGUUGAACAACAAAUACGGGACUCAGCACCCAAAGGCCCUAUCACGAAAGGGUUCUGCGCCAAAUGUGAAGAUCUGUUCAACGACUGGCCAACGUUAGGUGGUUCAUCGACUAGAGAAUACAGCUCGAAGCCUGACCCAGACGCGGAAGGCUGGGAGCACGGUGUCGCGCGUUCAUGGAGCACUUAUGAAUUGGAAGCCUCGACACGCGCUGGAUGCAAGUUCUGCACAUUCCUACUGCAGCAACUUAAAGACAGUAACCUACUUGACACCUUUUGCAAGAUUGAAGCCCGUUUAUACGAUCUCAAUGACAACCCAGUGUCAUCUUCGUCCGUCCAAAACUGGGGGACGAAUCCAAUACAGCUCUUGUGGCUCAAUUUACCGGGCAAGCUGAUUGCUAUGACGAGCUGCCUGAUGUACUUGACACCGCGAACAAGUGGUUGUCAACUUGCUCUGAAGGCCAUGAACUAUGUACAAGCAACGAUGACGGCGCAUUGCCUUCCAGACUGGUCUCAAUAG